AUGAUAUUAUUACCGCACUCUAUUUGGUCGAUCUUGCUAGCCUUAAGCUUUCUCUUCAAUAGAGCUUGUGGAGAAAGAGAGGUUAUCGCUUAUCGGACUGUUUCCGAGGAAGAAGCCGCGUAUAUCAAUCGCCAUAAUAAGCCUUACAGAGAUAAAAAACACGACAGAUUCUCUCGCUGGAAUCAAUUAGCAAGUGGAUUCUAUACGACAAACGAACCUGCUGGCUGGCGGGGUUACACCGGCGACGAGUAUUGUGUCAUCAAAGCGGACAGUGACAAGUUUGAAAGUGCGCGCAAAGUAUGGAUCCCAAAAACCACUGGGGAUGAGGCAUCGCCAACGCUAUUGUGGAGCGGAAACGAGGAGCGGAUUCUGGAUUACAUCAGGUCGCUCGGCGUGCCAGAGCCGGAGAAUGCAUUGCGCUUUUCACAUAUUUCGCUUCACCCGGGGAAGCUGCAGAUGGUUAUUCCAACUGACAUGAUCAACAACGACGACCUGGAUCUCUGGGCUGAGUGCUGGAAAUCACCGAAGGAUCUAUUGAAUCACGCGAGCGAGACCGUGGACUGGUCGCGGUGGGCUAUUGCGGGACAUCCUGGACCGGGCGAAGCGCUCGGAUCGAGCAAAACCGUCCCGGUCAAUUGGAAGCCGUCGAUUUGGGAACCUGGAGCGAGCGCAGGAGCUUUUGCAAAGAGCAAAACCCUGCGGAUGAGUUUGAAACCGUCGACUUCUCGGAACAAGGGGAAGGCCAGCGUGGCUGCAGCGCGUGUAGGAGCUCUUGCAAAGAGCCAGACCCUUCGGAUAGGUUGGAGCCCGUCGAUUUGGAAAGCGUCGGCUUCUGUCAAGAAAAAGGGGAAGGCCAGCGAUCUUGAGAUGAGCGACGGAGAUCCUGGAACGAGCGCGAGAGCUUAUAGAAAGAGCAAAACGCUGCGGAUGAGUUGGAAACCGUCGGUCCCUGACAGGAAAAAGGGGAAGGCCAGCGAUCCUGGAACGAGCCGAGGAGAUCCUGGAACGAGAGGAGGAGCUCUUGGAAAGAGCAAAACCUUUCGGAUCAGUUGGAGACCGUUGACUUGGAAACCGUCGGUUUCUGGCAAGAAAAAGGGGAAGGCCAGCGAUCCUGGAACGAGCGGAGGAGUUCUUGCAAAGAGCCAAACCCUUGGGAUGAGUUGGAAACCGUCGACUUCGAAAUCGUUGAUUUCUGUCAAAAAGGAGAAGGCGCCGAAACGGCAUCGGUGGUGGUCGAAAUGGUGGCGAUUGACCCCUUGGGCAUGA